GUCCCAUUCUUCAUCUCUGUUCAAAACUCCUCCAUUGAAAAGAACCCUUGUCCACCAAGGAUAAAAGGAGCUACAUGCCUUGAAUUUGGAGGAUGGAAGUGGUAUCUGCCAUAUUUGGACCGGUUCUCGAGCGUGUUGUAAAGCCAGUUUUGAAUGAGAUUGGGUAUGUGUUUAUGUACAGUUGCAAUGUCGAGAAUUUCACAAAGAAAGUGGACCGGAUGAAGGUCAUGAGGGAUGGAGUGAAAGAAAGGGCUAGCGCGGAGGAGGACAACUUGCAGGUCAUAGCACCAAAUGUCAAUGCAUGGCUUGUUAGAGCAGACCAAAUCACCCAAGUGGAAGAGAGGAUUAUGAAUAAGAAGCCGGCCGUUGAAAAAGGUUGGUGUAAAGGUUGGUGCCCGAAUGUCAAGUUGCGUUACACAUUGAGCAAGAAGGCCAAGAAGAGCACAGAAGAUGUGGUUGAACUCCUAGUGGAAGGUACUGCUUACAUAAAUUUUUCUCGUCCCGCCCCUCCUCUUCAAGUUGAAUUUAUUGGGCAUAGACAAUAUGUCGAAUUCAAAUCAAGAAAGUCCAAUGAAGAUGAAAUCAUUGAAGCACUCAUGGAUGAUAAGAUCAACCUCGUUGGGAUUUGUGGCAUGGGGGGAGUGGGAAAGACUAUGAUGGCUAAAAAGGUUGGGAAGAAAGUAAAGGAAGAGGCAAUGUUUGAUGAGGUUGUAAUGGUAUCAGUCGGUCCAAAACCAGAUCUUAAGAAAAUCCAAGAAGGUAUCGCCGAGGCAUUAGGUUUCCAAUUAAAAGAAGAUAGUUUGAUUGUCAGAGCAAACAAGCUUCAGAGGAGAGUGGCUCUAAGAAAGACACUUUUGAUUCUAGACGACGUUUGGGCACGGUUAGAUUUGGAGGAACUCGGUAUCUCUUUCGCACUCUCAAAAGAGUGCAAGAUCAUGCUAACUUCUCGACACCGAGACACUUGCGUUCAAAUGGAGGCUCAAAAGACUGUGGUGAUUGAGGUGUUAAAAGAAGACGAAGGGUGGAGCCUGUUCAAAGAAAGAGCUGGCAGUUGUGUUAAUGAACCAGGUAUAAACCGUGUCGCGCAAGAUGUUUCAAGGGAAUGCAGCCAUCUUCCACUUGCCCUUACAACCGUUGGAAGGGCACUGAGGGGCAAAACACAACACUCUUGGGAGGACGCGCGUGAACAGUUGAGGAAAUCUGCACCCUCAAACAUUCCGGAAGUGUUGAGGGAAGUUUACCAACCGCUGGAGUUAAGUUACAAUCUGUUGGAAAGCGAAGAAGCACAAUCUCUUUUUCUGAUAUGUUCUUUAUUCCCAGAAGAUUACUGCAUUCCAUUAGAUUUCUUGAUUUGGUAUGGUUUGGGGCUUAGGGUGUUGAAGAAUGUCAAUGGUUUGGAAGAAGCUAGGAGAAGAGUUAGUAGACUGGUUGAGAUGCUAGAGGACCGAUUCUUGUUAGACGAUGCAGGUGAAGGGAAUGAGAAGUUUUCAAUGGUUAACUAUGAGAAAUAUGUGAAAAUGCAUCACGUUCUUCGGGAUGUGGCCAUAUACAUUGCCAACAAGGAAGAUGAUGUUCUUAUCUCAACUCAUGAUAUUGAGUGGCCUGAAGAGAUGGCCUACGAACGUCUCACUUGCAUUUCCAUGGUAUCAGAUGCAUUAACUAUCCUUCCUGAGAGACUGAAAUGCCCCCAACUUAAUGUCUUGCGUUUGCAAUGCAACAACGCAACACUGGAAAUGCCCGGAGAUUUUUUUCAUGAAACACCGAGUCUCUUAGUGCUGGAUAUGCCCGGAAGCUUCUUAUGCUCUUUGCCACCAUCACUAGAGUGUUUGAAGAACCUCAGGGUAUUGUAUUUGCAUAGCCAGCGCGUUGAGGAUAUUUCGGUCAUAGGAGAGCUUAAACAACUUGAGAUGCUCAUUUGCUUCUGCAGUGCUAAAUCAUUACCUGCUAAAAUAGGAUGUCUGACUAACCUGAGGGUCCUUAACAUGGGGGACACUUGCAUCCAGAAGAUUGCUCGUGGAAUAUUCACUCAACUAGCACGACUUGAAGAAGUAUACUUGAUAAAUAACAACUGCAUCGAAGGGUCAUUUCUUCGUGAGAUCAGUAACUUAAGAUAUUUAACCUGUUUGAAUAUUCAAAUACUCGAGGCAAGUCUUCUACAGACAAACAUAUCCUUCCAGUCAUUCCCAAGAAGGUACUUUGUGUUCAGCUCUUCAUAUUUCCUAGGGGAAGGACACUUGCAUAAAGCUAUGCAUUUAUCUCUGCCCUUAAUGAGUCCUUUGAGCAAUUGGGUUCGCGUCAUGCUGAGGGAAGCAGAGGAUCUUUACUUGGAUGAAAAUGGGUCGAAGGUAGCAAUAGAUGUGUUGGGUAUAGAGAGGUUUCAUAAUGUGAAGAAACUCAUACUUCAAUAUUGUAGCAAUGUGGUGUUUUUGGUCAACACUGAGAAUUUGGCCUCAUCAAGUCAGUGUGUUUUCCCUAUCCUAGAGUCUCUUAGCCUCUUGCACCUCAACAACUUUCUAAAGAUAUGCAACGGUCCGUUUCUGGAAGGUUCUUUAGAGAAGCUUAACCACCUAAGAGUCAUUGCACUCCCCAAAUUGACCACUUUGUUGGAGGACUCAUCUCAAAGAGUCUCUCUUAGAAACCUCCAAAUCGUAACGAUUGAUGCGUGCCCUCGAAUGUCAAGCCUAUUUUCACUCGCAACAGCUAGCGGUUUGGUGAAGCUAAGAGAUCUUGAUAUAUGUAAUUGUGUGGCAAUGGAAGAAGUCUUUUUAAAUGAAAGAGAUGGGAGGUCGUUUGUGAGGCAGAAGCUCACAUUCCCAAAACUAAACCAUGUGAGACUUGAGAAUUUGCCAAACCUUUCUUGUUUUUGCCAUGGUGUUGAAGACAUUGAGUUCCCUCAGUUAAUGCACUUGGAGAUAACAAAUGCACCUAAGUUUACAAGUUUCUGCCCUCCACGAAGCCAGGAUGACUUAGAAGGCCUUUCACUCUUUGACUAUCAGGUCAAAUUUGGCUCCCUAAAGAGAAUGACACUCAAAAUAUUGGAUGGAGUGAAAGAGAUAUGGAGCAGCUGCUCCUUCACCAAACUUGAAAUUUUGAGCAUAGAGUGCUGCAACAAUCUGAAAUGGCUAUUUUGCCCCUCAGUUGCUCACACCUUUGUCAACCUCAAGGAAAUGGAUAUUGCAGAAUGCCAUAAACUUGAAGAAGUGAUUUCAAAUGACCAAGUGAAAGGAGGCAACAAACCAGUGUUUCCUAAGCUGGAGAAACUUAAGAUUUUGCAGCUACCCGAGCUUCGGGUCUUCUGGCAAGUCGAACAUGCUAUAGAGCUUCCAUUGUUAAAACACUUGGAGAUCAACCAAUGCCCCAAAAUGAAAUCUUUUACCCACGGGCCAUUGCGAACUCAGAGCCUUAAUCUGCUCGUGGUAAAUGGGAAAACCGUUGAUGGGGAUGUUAAUGUAGCAUUGCACCGACAUUAUUCGUCAUGAAAGGCUAUCCCUUCGUCCCUAAAAGAAAUUCUUUUAUGAUAAAAUAGUGACUAUUAUAUUUUCUAAGUUGUAUUAUGAACUACUCCAUAUUAUGUACCCUAUAUAUUGACCGGCGCAAUAGUAGCAUUCGUAUACGAAGCACAAUGGUUUAAUACAGGCAAAAGAUUUAC